AUGGUUCUACUUUUUGCUCUCGCCAACCCUUUCGAGCUCGCGAUCUUAUCACACCUAUUUCUUGCAUGCGCCGUCGUGCCUGCCUCACGCGCUCUCGACGUUCCUUCGACUUGGGUGAAUACGACGUCGGACUUGAGUCGGGACGUGCGCGAAGCUAUUGCCUAUGGCGCAGCCAGCACACUGGAUAAUCAGAUACAAGUCCAGAAUACAGCGCUUGAACAGGUACAAUUCCGCUCAAGUUAUUAUUCGGGACUGGCUCUGCAGGACUAUCACUCUGGAAAGACAACCUGGAUGUCUAGACUGACUCAGAACCUUCCGACUUACUAUCUUCAGAACGGCGUGUACGGAAAUAUUCAUGGAUGGAGCGGCGAUGCCGACUAUUGGGCCCUCGCGUUCUACUAUGCCUACCGGGCAUACAAGCAAGAAACGCUCCUCAAUACCACGAUCGACAUCUACAACAAAACGUACAUGGCCAACUUCAUCACUCCUGGUAUUGCGGCCGGUUGGGCUAGCACUGGUGUAAAUGGAUCGUUUCCUGCUCCACCUUGUUCACCUGUGACAUUUGCGGGUGCGGUCUCGGCGGGGAACGACUCGGACAAGCUGGACGUCGUCGCCGAGAGCGUUGGUUCCUUCCUCAUGCUGUCAGCCUACCUGUUCGAAGCCACGAAUCAAUCUUUCUAUCGCGAGGCGGCCCAGCUUUCCGUAGACUUUAUGAUUCGCCACAUGUGGAAUGGAACACUCGUUGUCGACACGCUCCAUCUCACAGACUGUAGCGUGGAUGUGGAUCCAGUCACUCUUGAUCAAGCCGGGUACAUCGAAGGAUUAUCUGUAUGGGCGAACGUGACACAGAAUGCCACUCUGGUCGCAAUCCUACGGGAUGUUGUGUCCAACGUGACGACCUCUUCUAGAUGGCAUUCAAAUGGCGGUAUCAUAAACGAGUCCAACCGCAAUGACGAGAGCUUAUUCCACCUCAAUCUCAAGGGUGUAUUUGUCCGUGCACUAUUGGAGGCACGAGCACGCAAUCCCGGUACCGACCUCGACCGCUAUAUCGAAGCGUAUGUUCUCAACCAGUUUAAUUCCAUCCUACUCAAUAGUAGAGGGCUGGGACCGGAUGACGAUGACUUCUACGGGUCUCUGUGGACCGAUCAACACGCCUUAUCGUUUCAAGCUCUCGGAAGCAUCAAUGCUCUGGAUGUUCUCAACGGCGUCAUCAACAUGACCGUGUCAUCGAACGGGUCGAGUGGCUUGCAAGGGCCCACUGCCACGAACGCUGCAUCUGCAUCUGCCUCUGGAUCAGCGUCUAUAUCUAGGCAUAACCCGACCCAUAUAGGUGCCAUAGCCGGCGCAACUGUGGGCGGCGUUGUCAUCACUGUGCUCUCGGCGUCUUUUCUGUUGCGGCGCCGCUAUCAACGAGCCACGAGGACUAUGGCCUCCGGUACCAAAACUUACACUGCUGACAAUCCUAUCAGUGACACCUCCAUCGGCGUGGAUCCGUUCAUUGACCCUCAUCCUACUCGCCAAUUUCCCUCGAAAUGGCAAAGAUUCUACGCGCCCAACGAAGGAGAGGCUGGUGCGUCAUUCAUGGGCGCUCCAGCGCCGGCGACGACAGAUGGAGGUCCAUACCGUGUGGAAGAGCCAGAAAUGCGACCCAUGAGGGUUGAAGAUAGAGCCGGGCAGGAUCGCCUGGGCGUCGACAUAUUGCGCCUCCGAAACUUCCUGCAUGGAUAUCGUCAAGGGGAGCUCCCGCCCGCGUAUGUGCCUUGA